CAUGUGUAGAUCUAAUCGGCAUACUUGUUUAUGUUGAGAUUUAAGUUGCACUGUAUGUAAGUACACUGUAUUUCACAUGACUGAAAUUAGAGCAAUGACGAUGAUAUUGCGCAGAAUGUUUAGCAAAAAAUCAUUCGAACCAUUUGCUGGUAUUCGUAGAAGAGGGAAAUUAUUACAAAAGAUUGAUCAGUUUGAUGCAGAAACCUUUGAUGCUGAGGAUGUAAGCGAACUCGAAGCGGAUUUUAUGAAUGUCGGUGAAAGCCACAAGAUGCACGAGAAAGAAAUAUGGAAAAAGAAAGAACAAAUUAAACAACAGAUUGUCGUUCAAAAGUAUUUUAAAGAGAAAGAACCACGUUUUAUCACAUAUGCAGAAAAAGAAUUGAUUCAUAAGUUAUAUAAAUCUAAUCCUGAUGAAUGGACAGUAGAAAGGCUUAGCGAGAGUUUUCCAGCUUUACCAGAAACAAUAAAAAAAAUUUUACAUGCCGAAUGGUCACCAAAAUCAAUAGAGAAGAUUAUGAAAUACGAUAAUGUGGCGGUUGAAAAUUGGAAGAAAUUCAAGGCGGGUAAAUUACCAUUAGAUUCCAGACUCAGUGAACAUUUGACAAAAUUUAAGGAUAGAAAAAUUACUUUGACAGACAGAGAGUCAUUAGCAAAACAGUUUGUUCCUAAACUCGAAUUUAAGAAGCCAAAAAGUACAUUGUUUUCUAGUAUUAUACAGACAUAUUUAGAUGAAAAACAAAAUGAUACAAAGCUUUUAUCGCAAGAAGAUAAUUCAAACAAAGUGACAGAUAAAUCUGAUCAAUCUGAUAAAAAUCAGAAUUUAUUGAUUGCAAAUAUUAUUGCUGAAAAUUCCAUUAAAAAAUCAAAGAAAUAUGUAUUAAAUAAAGAAAAAUCUGUGUUACAAGAUACAGAUUCAAAGAAAUUAGAUAUGGCAUCAUUUAAUAAAAAAAACGAUAGCGAAAAGCUACUUACAUUCAAUGAAUUUAUAAAAGAGAAACUAGAAGAAGUGAAUCAGGAAUCUCCAGAAGAAGGUAUCACUCUGUUAAAUAUAUAUAAGGAACAGAUGGACAAUCAAGAAAUGCAAGUUGUGGCAGCAUCUGACAAUGGAGUAAUUAAUGCCGAAAAGGAUGAUCAAUUGAUAUUUGUGAAAAAACAUAAAGAUGUUUCUGUAAGUCCUAAUGACAAGAAUAUAAACAGGAAUAUUAUUGCAUCAGAUGACAAUUUGUUAGAUACAAGCAUCAAAGUAUGGAAUAAAAAAGUGGAUACAGAAUUAAAUUAUGCUAAACCAAUAAAAAUCGCAAAACAUCUUUACAAGCCUGGCAUGACAUAUCGCAUCAGCGAUUGUUAUUAUGAUGAUGAUGGAGAGUUUUUAUAUCGAGUUCCAGGUGUAUAUAGUUAGUCUCUAAAUUCCCGUUAUUGUAUAUAGUAAAUUGAUAUGUAAUAUACAUAUAAUUGUUAUAAAAUAAAAGAAAAGACUGUGA